AUGCUGGUCCUCACCAUCUACAUCCUCACCUUUGCCGUGGGGUUCCCGGCCAACGUGUUCACCUUCACCACCCUGGUGGCCAAGGCCCGGCGGCACCGCCCGUCCCCGUCCGACCUGCUGCUGCUCAACCUGACGGCGGCCGACCUGCUGCUGCUGCUCUUCCUGCCCUUCAAGAUGGCCGAGGCGGCGGCGGGGAUGGUGUGGCCGCUGCCGGCCGCGCUCUGCCCCGUGGCCAACUUCUGCUUCUACUCCAGCAUCUACCUGAGCAGCCUGUUCCUGACGGCGCUGAGCGUCCGGCGCUACCUGGGCGUGGCGUUCCCGCUGCGGCUGCGGGGCCGGGGCCGCCUGGGCCGCGUGGCGGCCGCCAGCGCCGUGCUCUGGCUCCUGGCCUGCUCCCACUGCUCCAUCGUCUUCAUUGCCUCCUACCACGGCGGGGGGCUCGGGGCAGGGCAGCGGGGCGGGCUCAGGCCCCAUGAGCCAAAGACCCCCAACACUACCCUCAAUCCCCGUGACUCCAAGAUCUACCCCAACCUCUCCAAGACCCUCAAUCCCCAUUACUCCACGACCUAUCCCAACCACUCCAUGCCCCCCAACCUCUCCCCCUCCACCUCCCCUGCCCCCUCCAUCCCCUUCAGGUGCUACGACGACUUCUCUGAGGACCAGCUGAGCUUUGUCCUCCCGCUGCGCCUCGAGCUCUUCCUCGUCAUGUUCCUGGUGCCGUUCGGCGUCACCGUGUUCUGCUACGUCGGCUUCGUGCGGGCGCUGCUGGCGCGCCCCAACAUCCCACGGGCGAAGCGCCGGCGCGCCGUGGGCCUGGCCGUGGCCACCAUGGUCAACUUCGGGCUCUGCUUCGCCCCCUACAACGUGUCGCACGUGGUGGGCUUCGUGCAGGGCCGCAGCCCGCCCUGGAGGGUCUACGCGACGCUCCUGAGCAGCCUCAACGCCGCCAUCGACCCCCUCGUCUUCUACUUCUCGUCCGGUGCCGUGCGGGGGGCCCUGGCGGGGGUGGGGGCGGCGCUGCUGGGCAAGAUGGAGGGGGUGAAGCUGACGGUGAACAAGGGGCUCAGCAACCACUUCCAGGUGAACCACACGGUCGCCCUCAGCACUUUAGGGGAGUCCAACUACCAUUUUGGGGCCACCUACGUGGGCACGAAGCAGCUGAGUCCCACUGAGGCCUUCCCGGUGCUGGUGGGGGACAUGGACAACAGUGGGAGCCUCAAUGCCCAGGUGAUCCACCAGGUGACGGGGAGGCUCCGCUCCAAGGUGGCCUUCCAGACCCAGCAGGCGAAGUUUGUGAACUGGCAGGUGGACGGGGAGUAUCGGGGGAGCGACUUCACGGCUGCCCUGACCCUGGGGAACCCCGACAUCCUGCUGGGAUCAGGGAUCCUGGUGGCCCAUUACCUGCAGAGUGUGACCCCCACCCUGGCGCUGGGGGGGGAGCUGGUCUAUCACCGGCGCCCGGGAGAGGAGGGGGCCGUGGUGUCCCUGGCUGGGCGUUACACAGCCCCCACAUGGAUUGGGACCCUCACGCUGGGGCAGGCGGGGGCUCACGCCACCUACUACCAUCGGGCCAGCGAGCAGGGGCCUCGUCACCAUCCUCAUCUUCACCUUCGGCCUCGCCAUCGCCCGAGGGGCCUCGUCCUCAUCCUCGGCCUCACCUUCGGCCGAGGGACCCCCGUCCUCCUCGUCCACUUCAUCGCUGCCGUCCUGCCCAUCGUCACCCUCAUCAUCCUCAGCCCCGCUGCCCUUCACCUCCCUCCUCCCCUUCAUCUCCCUCCUCGCCCCCUCCUCCUCCUCCUCUCCCCCCCAGCUGCCGGCAGCCCCCACUCCCCCCCUUCCAAAGCCACUUUUGGGGGUCAUUCCCCCCCAUCUGGACUCACCCCCCUCCCCUCGGGGAAUUGA